UUCUACAUACUAUAUUAUCUUUAUGUUUACACACAAACCUGCCCAUGCCAGAAUAUGAUGAUUACUAUAUAUAUGAGUACAAGAAACCCCUCAAAUCCUAAGUUGUCUUAGAAACUCAUCCUCUCACAUAUACAUACAACUCUCUCUCUCUCUCUCUCUCUCUCUCUCUCUCUUUCUCUCUUUCUGGUAACAUGGCAGCUGGUGCAAGAAGCUUGGAGCCUCUGAUACUGGGUAGGGUUAUAGGGGAUGUUGUGGAUGCCUUCACUCCCACAGUGACAAUGGAAGUGACAUACAACACCACCAACAAGAGAGUCUGCAAUGGGCAUGAGUUUUUCCCCUCUGCUGUCAACUCUAGACCUAGGGUUGCCAUAAAUGGUGCUGAUUUGAGAACUUUCUUCACUUUGGUGAUGACUGACCCUGAUGUUCCUGGCCCUAGUGAUCCUUACCUGAGAGAGCACCUCCAUUGGCUAGUAACUGAUAUUCCAGGCACCACAGAUGCUACUUUUGGCCGAGAAGUGGUUACCUACGAAACUCCGAAGCCAAACAUAGGAAUCCAUAGGUUUGUGUUUGUUCUGUUCCGACAAACACGGAGGCUGUCCGUUACCCCGCCGUCAACCGCCGCCUCUUCCCGGGAUCACUUCAACACGCGCCUCUUCGCCGCCGAGAACGGCCUCGGCGAGCCGGUGGCCUGCGUCUUCUUCAACGCCCAACGGGAAACCGCCGCAAGACGCCGCUAACCGGCCAUCUACCCUACCCCCCCUCCCCAAAAAAAAAAAAAAAAAGAGAAAAAAAAAAGAAAAAGAAAAAAAGAAAGAAUCUUUCACAUAUUGCAAAUGUACUGUUUCCAUUAAAAGCUAAUGAAGCUCUUUGAAUCUGCAUAAUUAGAAUCUUUGGUCUGAGUUUCUGAUGAACUGUGCAAGGAGGGGUUGAUAGAUUUAAGUUGCUUUUUUGUGGGUGGGUAGUCAAGAAAAGAAUGAUGAAGGACACGUGGCGGGAACCCAUUGCUGGAUGGGGGGUGUUAGGGUUUAUUGUUUAUUUUUGGGGUCUUCAAUUAUGCAAAAAUAUGGUGAUUGAUCUGAGUUGAUAAACAUCAUGUCCAUAACAACUAGAUUGCCAUGCUACUUUUGAUGAGUUGUCUGUGUUUUUUCUGCAAAAUAAUUGCAGCCCAAAUAUUCCUAUCCUAGCUAGUUUGUAUGUGUGACAAUAAUAACUAAAGAAUGAACAACAUACAGUGUA